AUGAGUGAACAACAGUACGCCCGAAAGGCCCUGGAGGAAGUCAUCCGUUUAGCAGACGAGAAAAUAAUGGCUACCGAAGAGGUGCUUCUCAGAAAGGAUGAAGAUUUUGCAGAAUAUGCCCGAUCUUGUGAUGAGACAAUAAAGGACCUGGAUCAAUACUUUUUAUCAAUUAUGCGUCAAUUAGAAAAAUGGAAGCACGUCUUCAUUCAGGAGCUACAAGCUAGCACUUCAUCCUCGGGGGCAGAAUAUCACAAUCAAACUGGCCGAGUCAACGAACUUCUGACUAAACUGCGAGACUUACGUGAAACGUCAGCGCAUAUUCUGAAUUCAGGACAGUUUGGAAACUCGGAGCUGGUAUUUGACGUGCAUGGUUGCAUCUUCAGUGUAAACCAGGCCAUCGAUAGCCUAACUGAUUUCCUGGGUGAAUGUCUACCUCUCAAGUUCGUGGGCAAACUGAACUUUGAGAAUGUCCAGAAGGCUGAAAUUGGCUCGAUGGAAAGGCUUUCCGACUUGAGCUGUGCUGAAAUUCUACCAAGUAAAUUGCCAAAAAUCAAACUCGGCCAACUUUUCCACCUGGACUUCCGAAUUUCCAGAAAGUACUGUGAAGCUGCGAAGAAUUUUAUCACCUACUCCGUGACAAAAGACGAUGCUCAAUAUCAGAAAGUUCGUGCAUACCUUCAGGACAAUAAGAACGGAUCAUAUGCCCUCAGUUUUCCGAUUACUGCUAUCAUACCACACACAGUACACAUUAUGUACUUAGGGGAGCACAUUAGGAACAGUCCAUACACAAUUGUCUUUAAGAUCGGUCCCAAUCAGAGUCCCAGCAACGGCGCUGGUAUGGUUGGCCAACCAGUAACAGGUUACAUGGGCGCCACAAAAGAUUUGAUGGGUGAUGGCACUAACAAUGCCCAGAAGCCCAUCGGGCGGGCAACGGGUGAUGAACAAGAAAACUUCCGCAGGUCCAAAUGGAGCAAUCAGAUAGAUAAUCCGCAACAGAAUAAUAACUGGGCAUCAGCACCCCAUCGCGCUAUCCACUCUCCCGAUGGAGCCAACCGUGCGCACGACACAAAUGCCUAG